AUGGCGCUGCCUGUCGUGGCGAUGUCGGCGCGGCAUGGCGCGGGAGGAGGAAGAGACCCCUUCUCCUCUGGUCCCAGGCGGAUGCCAAAGUCGCACAGCAAGCAGGGCAAGGGCAGUGGCUUGUCGUCCUUGACCUCCUCACUGUAUGAGGCUGACGGGGACUGGGGCUACAUACCAGAUGGAGAGGAGGUAGCGAUGGCAGGAUUUCUCGAGAAGGAGUCAGUGGACAUGACAUGGAGCCGCCGGUAUGUCUGUGUUUGUAAGACAAGAAUCUUCUUUGCCAAGGAGGCAGAGUCGCCCGUCAUCGACAGCAUCCCUCUCUCCGAGAUCAGCCAUGUCUCCCUCAAUGAUGAGGGCAAUGAACUGGAUUUCCGAGAACGGAAGGAGGAGAGAGAGGAAGGGGCGACAAAUGACUGGAAGCAUCCGCAUUUCUUUGAAAAGUUUGUGAAGAUGUCCUCCUCCUCCCUCAAUCUCAAUAACGCCAUAGAAAACGUCCGAAUCUUCCACGUUCACACGACCCCUGGUGGAUUCAACAGCGGCAGGACAUACAUUCUAAGGGCAAGCUCUCCAGAUGCGUGCAGGUCGUGGAUCCUUGCCAUCGAAGAAGCGCGUAUGAAGGAGCUCAAGAGGAUCAACAGUAUGUAUGGAACCCUUGCAAGGAUGCGGUUUCAAUGCAAAGAGAUAUACGAAUCUGACACCGUUCAGUUCUCGGUCGGCUUUAUCAUCUUCUUGAAUUUUCUUUGUAGUGUAAUCAACUAUGAGCUGCUUCCGCAACCUGGGUCACAUCUCGACAAUCUUUUCAACAUCUUUGAAAUCGUUUUUCUUUCCAUCUUUUCAGUGGAGCUUGCUCUGAAUAUGUUUGCACAUUGGUUUUUCCCAUUCGUCACCGAUGGAUGGAAUAUCUUCGACUUCAUCGUUGUUGUCAUCUCCAUCUUAUCGCAAGUCAUCGAGAAUCUGCCUGGAGUGAUCCGACUGAUCAAGAAGAUGCAGUCUCUUAGGGUCAUCAUCAACUCUCUCACGUCUGCCAUCAUCCCUGUCUCCAACGCCUUCUGCGUCCUCCUUCUCUUCUCCGCCCUCUACUCCGUUGGUGAGGUCAUGGCUGUGAUUUUCUUCGGGGGUUAUGAGCACCUGCAAGAUCAGUUUGGGACCUUCACCAUGUUUCAAAUCGCUACGGGCGACGGCUGGAUCACCGACAUCGUGCGGCCUCUCAAUACAGGAGACCUCAAGCAUGACUUCCCGAUCAACUUCUUCUUCAUCUCCUUCUAUCUUAUCGCUGGGAUUGUGAUGCUCAACAUCGUUGUUGCGGUUCUACUGGAUGAGUUUGUACAAGCGACUUCAGAGAUGAAGGCCAAGAGCGGGUCUCAAGCUCAUCAGAUUCUUGAUGCCAACGGCAACGGCGAAGUUUCUUUUCAGGAGCUUUCAGAGGGUCUUAAGAAGAUUUCAAGCUCUACGCACGAAACACCUGUUCACCUUUCUCCUGACGACUACCACACUAUCACCAUGGGGCCUGACGGAACUUUCUGUCAAGCCAACGGCUGCCUCAGCUCAGAGAGGUUUGAGAAGAUGAUAAGAUAUCACCUUUUCCUCUAUGUGCAGCGUCAGCUGGCUGUGGGGAUUCUGCAGGAGUCGAAGAGCAAGACGCUGUCCUCCUCUGCCGCUGCUCUCUUCGGCAUCAAGCUUCUCAUGCUCCAAUCGAAUUCCGCCUCCGGCAAGUCAGCGGCACAGGAGAUGGGCAGACACGAGGGGGAGGAGGAGGCGAGAGAGACGAGCAGCUCGUCGUCGCACUCAGAGAUUCUGACCCGCCUGAGCACCAUCGAGAAGCACGUGGACUUGCUGCUGUCGCAAACCAACGGGGACAAGUCGGAGGGUCUGGACUCCUCCUUCGACGUCAUCAAGCGGCUUCACUUCUUCAAUCACCCCAACUCGCUGAGCAACAGGAAGCGAUCGGACGCGUCGGAGAGGUCGACGCAAGACGAGUGUGCAACGCCAGAGGACAAGUCUCGAUCAAUCUACUCGUGGAUAUCUGCGGCCGUCCUUCCGAGGACAUGA